UUCAACUAUCGUUCCCUUUCUAUUCUUUCACUCAUAAACCCUAAACCCUAAUUUUCUUCAUUCAAUCAAAUUUCAAUCUCCGAUAACCGUUCAACAUGUCAACGGUGGCCGGAACUACUGUUCCUCCGCCACCUCCGUCUCCAGCGGUGGCCGAUUCGGAAGCACGGCUCGAAGAAAAGGCUAGAAAGUGGCAAAAGAUGAACUCGAAGCGUUACAGCGAUAAUCGAAAAUUCGGAUUCGUUGAACCUCAGAAAGAAGAUAUGCCACCUGAACAUAUAAGAAAAAUCAUCAAAGAUCAUGGUGAUGUUUCUUCAAAGAAAUUUCGUCAUGAUAAGCGUGUUUAUCUUGGUGCUUUGAAAUUCAUACCUCAUGCUGUAUACAAGCUGCUCGAGAAUAUGCCAAUGCCAUGGGAACAAGUUCGUGAUGUGAAUGUUUUGUAUCAUAUUUCUGGUGCUAUUACAUUUGUGAAUGAAACACCUAUGGUGAUUGAACCUGUUUAUCUUGCUCAAUGGGCUACAAUGUGGAUCAUGAUGAGAAGAGAGAAAAGGGAUAGGAGAAAUUUCAAGAGAAUGAGGUUUCCACCUUUUGAUGAUGAAGAGCCUAUACUUGAUUAUGCUGAUAAUCUUUUAGAUGUUGAUCCGUUGGAAGCGAUUCAGCUCGAGCUUGAUGAAGAGGAGGAUUCUGCUGUUUGUGAUUGGUUUUAUGAUCAUAAGCCACUUGUGAAAACGAAGUUUGUGAAUGGUUCGAGUUAUCGAAAUUGGUGUCUUUCGGUUCCGGUUAUGGAAACAUUGCAUCGGCUUGGUGGGCAGCUUUUGUCUGAUCUGAGUGAUAGGAAUUAUUUCUAUUUGUUUGAAAAAGAGUCCUUUUUUACUGCUAAGGCUUUGAAUGUUUGUAUACCUGGUGGGCCGAAAUUCGAGCCUUUGUAUCGUGACAUGGAGAAAGGAGAGGAAGAUUGGAAUGAGUUUAAUGAUAUUAACAAGCUUAUUAUAAGGUCGCCGCUUCGGACAGAGUAUAGGGUUGCUUUUCCUUAUCUUUAUAACAACAGGCCUCGGAAUGUGAGGCUUUGUGUUUACCAUACUCCUAUGGUUAUGUACAUAAAAUCUGAAGAUCCUGACCUACCUGCAUUUUAUUAUGAUCCCUUGAUACACCCAAUAAGUAGUGCUAACAAGCGGUACGAGAAGGAAAUCGAUGAUGAUGACUGGGUCUUGCCAGAUGGUGUGGAACCUUUUCUUAAAGAUGUUGAGCUUUAUACUGACACCACGGCUGCUGGAAUCUCGUUGCUGUUUGCUCCUCGUCCUUUUAACAUGAGGUCUGGCCGCAUGAGGCGUGCCGAAGAUAUUCCUCUUGUGGCAGAAUGGUACAAGGAGCAUUGUCCUUCAUCUUAUCCGGUUAAAGUUCGCGUUAGUUAUCAAAAGUUGCUCAAGUGUUUUGUGUUGAAUGAGCUGCAUCAUAGACCUCCUAAGGCUCAAAAGAAGAAGCACUUAUUGAGAUCACUUCAAGCGACAAAGUUUUUCCAGACCACAAAACUUGACUGGGUUGAAGCAGGUCUUCAAGUUUGUCGGCAGGGGUACAACAUGUUGAACCUGUUAAUACAAAGGAAAAAUUUGAACUACCUUCACCUUGAUUAUAAUUUUAACUUGAAGCCUGUCAAAACCUUGACCACAAAAGAGCGUAAAAAAUCACGAUUUGGUAAUGCUUUUCACCUCUGUCGUGAGGUCCUUCGUUUGACGAAACUUGUGGUGGAUGCCAAUGUUCAGUUCCGUUUAGGUAAUGUUGAUGCUUUCCAGCUGGCGGAUGGCCUCCAAUAUAUUUUCUCUCAUGUUGGUCAAUUGACCGGUAUGUAUAGGUACAAGUAUAGGCUUAUGCGGCAAAUAAGAAUGUCGAAAGACUUGAAGCACUUGAUUUACUACCGUUUUAACACGGGUCCUGUUGGCAAGGGACCGGGUUGUGGGUUUUGGGCACCGAUGUGGAGGGUUUGGUUAUUCUUUCUUCGUGGUAUUGUUCCCCUUCUUGAACGAUGGCUUGGGAAUUUACUGGCAAGACAGUUUGAGGGACGCCACUCUAAAGGAGUGGCGAAGACCGUCACUAAGCAGCGUGUUGAGAGCCAUUAUGACUUAGAGCUUCGGGCUGCUGUUAUGCAUGAUGUGGUUGAUGCCAUGCCUGAAGGUAUAAAGCAGAAUAAGGCAAAAAUUAUAUUGCAGCAUUUGAGUGAAGCUUGGCGCUGCUGGAAGGCAAAUAUUCCUUGGAAGGUUCCUGAUAUGCCUGUUCCGGUAGAGGACAUGAUCCAUCGGUAUGUGAAAUCAAAAGCAGAUUGGUGGACAAAUGUUGCUCAUUAUAAUCGUGAGCGUAUAAGAAGAGGUGCAACUGUUGAUAAAACUGUUUGUCGCAAGAAUCAUGGAAGAUUGACACGUCUUUGGCUGAAGGCAGAGCAGGAGCGCCAACACAAUUAUAUGAAAGAUGGUCCAUAUGUUACUCCUGAAGAAGCUGUUGCUAUCUAUACAACUACAGUCCACUGGUUGGAAUCUAGGAAGUUCUCCCAUAUUCCAUUUCCACCUCUAUCAUACAAGCAUGAUACAAAGUUGCUUAUUCUUGCACUUGAGAGAUUGAAGGAAUCCUACAGCGUUACAGCAAGAUUAAAUCAACUGCAAAGAGAAGAGCUGGGGCUGAUCGAACAAGCUUAUGACAAUCCACACGAGGCAUUAUCACGAAUUAAGCGACACCUCCUCACCCAACGUUCCUUCAAAGAAGUUGGAAUAGAGUUCAUGGAUUUAUAUAGCUACUGCGUUCCGGUUUACGAAAUAGAGCCACUUGAGAAAAUUACAGAUGCAUAUCUUGAUCAAUAUCUGUGGUAUGAAGGCGACAAGCGUCAUCUCUUUCCCAACUGGAUCAAGCCAGCAGAUUUAGAGCCACCACCUCUUUUAGUUUACAAAUGGUGUCAAGGUAUAAACAAUUUGCAAGGUAUUUGGGACACCGGCAAUGGUGAGUGUGUUGUAAUGCUGCAGACUAAGUUCGAGAAGUUUUUCGAGAAGAUUGAUCUGACAAUUUUAAAUCGGCUUCUUCGUUUAGUUUUGGACCACAACAUUGCAGAUUAUGUCACCGCAAAAAACAAUGUUGUGUUGUCAUAUAAGGACAUGAGUCACACAAAUUCAUAUGGUCUAAUACGUGGAUUACAAUUUGCGUCAUUUGUUGCUCAAUAUUAUGGCCUAGUACUGGAUCUUUUGUUUCUUGGAUUGACUCGAGCAAGCGAGAUUGCUGGUUCACCACAGAUGCCUAACGAGUUCAAUACUUAUUGGGACACAGAAGUUGAGACCAAGCAUCCAAUAAGGUUGUAUUCUCGGUACAUAGACCGAGUCCACAUAUUAUUUCGCUUUACUCACGAGGAGGCUCGGGAUCUCAUUCAACGAUAUCUCACCGAGCACCCUGAUCCUAACAAUGAGAACAUGGUGGGUUACAAUAAUAAGAAGUGCUGGCCAAGAGAUGCAAGAAUGAGGCUCAUGAAGCAUGACGUCAAUCUUGGGAGGAGUAUCUUUUGGGAUAUGAAAAAUCGUCUUCCUCGAAGUAUCACAACUUUGGAAUGGGAAAAUAGCUUUGUUUCUGUUUACAGCAAAGAUAAUCCAAAUUUGCUUUUUAGCAUGUGUGGAUUUGAAGUGAGGAUACUUCCGAAAAUUAGAAUGAUUCAAGAAGGAUUCAGCAACACAGGAGACGGUGUUUGGAAUCUCCAAAAUGAACAGACAAAGGAAAAGACCGCUGUUGCUUUCUUAAGAGUUGAGGAUGAACAUAUAAAAAUGUUUGAGAAUCGUGUGAGGCAGAUUCUUAUGUCAUCGGGUUCUACUACAUUCACCAAAGUUGUCAACAAGUGGAAUACUGCUUUGAUAGGACUCAUGACAUACUUCCGAGAGGCAACUGUGCAUACUAAAGAGCUCUUGGAUUUACUUGUUAAAUGUGAAAAUAAAAUUCAAACUCGUAUCAAGAUUGGACUUAACUCAAAAAUGCCAAGCCGGUUUCCGCCUGUCAUUUUCUACUCGCCCAAGGAAAUUGGAGGACUUGGAAUGUUGUCGAUGGGUCACAUUUUGAUUCCACAAAGUGAUCUACGACACAAUCAGCAGACAGAUGUUGGUGUAACCCAUUUUAGAAGCGGGAUGACUCAUGAGGAGGACCAGUUGAUUCCCAAUCUUUAUCGCUAUAUACAGCCUUGGGAAAGUGAGUUUAUUGAUUCACAGUGCGUCUGGGCUGAAUAUGCAUUAAAAAGGCAGGAAGCACAAGCACAAAAUAGGCGCUUGACCCUUGAGGACUUAGAAGACUCAUGGGACAAAGGAAUACCACGUAUUAACACUUUGUUCCAGAAGGAUAGACACACGUUGGCUUAUGAUAAAGGAUGGAGGGUGCGUGCAGACUUCAAGCAGUAUCAAGUUUUCAAACAAAACCCCUUUUGGUGGACACACCAGAGGCACGAUGGGAAGUUGUGGAACUUGAAUAAUUACCGAACUGAUGUUAUUCAAGCCCUUGGAGGAGUGGAAGGAAUUCUUGAGCAUACAUUAUUCAAAGGAACAUAUUUUCCAACUUGGGAAGGUCUCUUUUGGGAAAAGGCAUCAGGUUUUGAGGAAUCUAUGAAGUAUAAGAAACUCACCAAUGCUCAGAGAUCUGGUCUCAAUCAGAUACCGAAUCGUAGAUUUACUCUUUGGUGGUCACCAACCAUUAACCGAGCUAAUGUUUAUGUUGGUUUCCAAGUUCAGCUAGAUCUGACUGGUAUUUUCAUGCACGGGAAAAUUCCAACUUUGAAGAUAUCUCUUAUUCAGAUAUUUAGAGCACACUUGUGGCAGAAGAUCCAUGAGAGUGUUGUCAUGGAUCUCUGUCAGGUUUUGGAUCAAGAGUUGGAUGCUUUGGAGAUUGAAACUGUCCAGAAGGAAACAAUCCAUCCCAGGAAGAGUUACAAAAUGAACAGUUCUUGUGCGGACAUCCUUCUCUUUGCUGCCCACAAAUGGCCAAUGUCAAAGCCUAGUCUUGUAGCUGAAUCUAAGGAUGUUUUUGAUCAGAAGGCAAGCAAUAAGUAUUGGAUUGAUGUCCAGCUUCGAUGGGGUGAUUAUGAUUCUCACGAUAUUGAGCGUUACACUCGGGCCAAAUUUAUGGAUUACACGACAGAUAAUAUGUCUAUAUACCCAUCUCCUACUGGGGUUAUGAUUGGCAUUGAUUUGGCAUAUAACUUGCAUUCUGCAUUUGGAAACUGGUUCCCUGGAUCAAAGCCACUACUUCAGCAGGCCAUGAAUAAGAUUAUGAAGUCAAAUCCUGCAUUGUAUGUUUUGAGGGAACGAAUCAGGAAAGGUCUGCAGUUGUACUCUUCUGAGCCCACGGAACCAUAUUUAUCUUCCCAAAACUAUGGAGAGAUAUUCAGCAACCAAAUCACUUGGUUUGUUGAUGACACUAAUGUGUAUCGUGUUACAAUUCAUAAGACUUUUGAAGGAAAUCUUACAACAAAACCCAUCAAUGGUGUCGUUUUUAUUUUCAAUCCAAGGACCGGGCAGUUGUUUCUUAAGGUUAUUCAUACGAGUGUAUGGGCUGGUCAGAAGCGUCUCGGUCAACUGGCGAAGUGGAAAACAGCAGAAGAAGUUGCAGCUCUUGUAAGGUCUUUGCCUGUAGAAGAACAGCCAAAGCAAGUUAUUGUUACUCGUAAAGGAAUGUUGGACCCAUUGGAGGUUCACUUGCUGGAUUUCCCCAAUAUUGUUAUCAAAGGAAGUGAGCUGCAGCUUCCUUUCCAAGCAUGUUUGAAAAUUGAAAAAUUUGGGGAUCUUAUUUUGAAGGCUACAGAACCACAAAUGGUUUUGUUCAACAUUUAUGAUGACUGGCUGAAGAGCAUUUCCUCAUACACUGCAUUCUCCAGGCUGAUUCUUAUUCUGCGUGCACUUCAUUUGAAUAAUGAAAAGGCAAAGAUGUUACUGAAGCCUGACAAAACUAUCGUCACUGAACCUCAUCACAUCUGGCCUUCACUAAGUGAUGACCAGUGGAUAAAGGUGGAGGUUGCAUUAAGAGAUCUUAUACUUUCUGAUUAUGCAAAGAAAAACAAUGUGAAUACUUCAGCUUUGACUCAGUCUGAGAUUCGUGAUAUUAUACUUGGAGCUGAGAUUACCCCACCUUCACAACAGCGGCAACAGAUUGCAGAGAUUGAAAAACAGGCGCGUGAAGCAAAUCAGGUGACAGCUGUAACGACAAGGACCACAAAUGUUUACGGUGAAGAACUGAUAGUAACCACCACUAGUCCCUAUGAGCAAGCUGCUUUUGGUUCGAAGACUGAUUGGCGUGUCAGAGCAAUAUCAACCACGAAUUUAUACCUUCGAGUAAACCAUAUAUAUGUGAAUUCUGAGGAUAUAAAGGAAACAGGGUAUACCUAUAUCAUGCCAAAGAACGUUUUGAAAAAGUUUAUAUGCAUAUCUGAUCUUCGAACACAGAUUUCUGGGUACUUGUAUGGUACAAGUCCUCCGGACAAUCCUCAGGUCAAGGAAAUCCGGUGCAUUGUGAUGCCACCGCAAUGGGGGACUCAUCAACAAGUCCAUCUUCCAUCAGCUCUCCCAGAACAUGAUUUCUUGAAUGAUUUGGAGCCUUUGGGGUGGAUGCAUACUCAACCAAAUGAACUUCCCCAGUUGUCGCCUCAGGACCUCACUUCACAUGCUAAGGUCCUAGAGAACAAUAAACAAUGGGAUGGGGAGAAAUGUAUUAUCUUGACUUGCAGUUUUACUCCAGGUUCCUGUUCUUUAACUGCAUAUAAACUAACUCCAUCGGGUUAUGAAUGGGGACGUGUUAACAAGGAUACAGGAAGCAACCCACAUGGUUACCUUCCCACUCAUUAUGAGAAGGUUCAGAUGCUCCUCAGUGAUCGCUUCCUUGGUUUCUACAUGAUUCCGGAUACUGGUCUGUGGAAUUACAACUUCAUGGGAGUGAGGCACGCAUCAGGGAUGAAGUAUGGAGUGAAGCUUGGGACACCUAGAGAGUAUUACCACGAAGAUCAUAGACCAACCCAUUUCUUAGAGUUCAGCAAUAUGGAGGAAGCGAAGACAAUGGCUGAGGGGGAUCGAGAGGAUAUGUUCUCUUAGAGUGUGUUUAGAUAGAGGAUUUUAACGAGAGAUCAAAGACUUGAAGCUUUCUUAACUAUUUAGAAAAUGUCAUUGAUGAGGCCACCUCUAUUUUCGUAAUUGCUGAUUUGUUCGGACUGGCUUCAACUUUCAAGGAUGUGUCAAUGGUUUAGAAUUGUGCAGCACCUAUGUAGAGAUGCCUUUAUUUUGGUUACUAAAUCUGGAUAUAAGUUGUCAUUUGCGUUACUCGCACUCCUCGGAUAGUAGUGGUGAAGAUGUUUGAUCACGUCUGGAUCCUUGUGGUGUUGGGUAUUUCCAUUUCAGAUUAAUUUACAGAGGGGCGUUGGAUUUGGCGGCUGUUUUGGUAACAAUGAGCAGGAAUUACCGCAUCCUAGUGAUUAUGUGUAUGUGCUAGAUUUACCGGUUUUGCUCAGCUGGGUUGAUUAUUACAUAGUCACGGCACAUUGAGAAUGUCUCAAUUAUUGUUACAGUGAACUGUUUGCAACACUUGUGAAAUUUGUACAGGGUAGUAUGGCAAUGGCAAAUACUUAGAUAAAUAAAUUUCUGAGUUUGUUUUGUUUUUUAAGUAAUAAAUGUACAAUUAAUUUUUGAAUAUUUUAUUUCACUAGAAUAAUGGUCUCUAUUCCACUAAGGAGGAAUGACAGAAAUGGUCUCUAUUCCAUUAACGAGGAAUGACACAACUCAGAAAUGUUUUCUAUUCACAAUUCAUAUUUCUCCAAAUAUGGAUAUAGGUUGUUAUUUGUGUUACUGACACUCCUCACUUGGAUAGUAGCGUGGCUGGGUUGAUUGGUUUGGAGAUUAAUACAUCUAGUAGUGAGUUUUGUAUACACCUCUGUAAUGUAGUGUUGAAGAUGUUUGAUCACGGAUGGAUCCUUAAUUAUGGAGCGGUGGUGGAUGCGGUGUUGGAUUCGAUGGCUGUUUUGGUAACAAUGAGCAGGAAUUACUGCGCCCUUUGAUUAUGUGUAUGUGCUAAGUUUACAGGUUUUUCUCAGCUAGGGUGUGUAUUACAUUGUCACUGCACAUUGAGAAUAUCACAACUAUUGUUAUGUUUGUUACAGUGAACUGUUAGCAACAAUUACAAAUAAUCAGUAAAAAACUUAAAAUGGAAUGAGCCACUUACCUCAUUGUUUAUUGUAAUUUUUACAGUACUUCCUAAAACAUUCUAAAAUAAAACAUUUGAUGAUAAGUACCAUUGAUAUUUGCUUCAUUAUGCAGUAAAAAACAUGGGGUGUUUGUGGUUGCUAUUGUUUAUUUCUUGCAAGAGAUCUCGGUCUUGCUCAUUUCAUCCUUGGAGUUGAUUCAAAAUAUGGUCUCUUUAUUCAAUUCCCCAUCAUGUUUGCCAUCCUAAGGUGGCUUUAUUUCUCAUCUGUUUUACAUAAUUCAGCUUUGGAGAAUUUUAUCCAAUUUGGCAAUGGGGGUGGGGUGGUAAGGUUCAUAGAUAGAGGUUUAGUGUCAUUUGGUUCGCGUGUAUUUGGGUUAUUUGGCGAAAUCGAAAUAAUGUGAUUUUCAGGAAUGAUGGAGGAAGCGCAUAUUUAUGGCUCGAAGAAAUCCAACUUUUGUCUUGGAAGUGGCUAAGAAGCAAAGUGACAGGAUUCAAUUAUGCCCUUAACUAAUGGGUCUCAAAUCCAAAAGUGUGUUUAGGUUGUUGACUUGCAGGUCUGCUGCUGUAUCUCUGGUAUGCAGUCUUCGUGGUGUGCUCAGUUUAGGAGUGGUUUGUUUUAUUUCUUGUAUGAUUUGUGUAAGGGGUUGUUGUAUUUUUGGACCGUGUAAAUUAGGCAUGUUUUAUGCCUAUUUCAAUUCAAUUAUUAUUUCUUUUGGCUUUUCAAAAAAAAAAAAAA